AAAAAGAAAAAGUUAAAAAAUUCCCAGGCAAUUCAAGACCAAUGCAAUUGUUUAAAUUAAAAGUAAUCCACCAACUGCUGAGCCUAAUCAACAAGCCGACGAAAUGAGUGAUACCAAGAAGCUACUCGAUGCAUUGCUAUGCGACAUCUACGGCAGGCAGGAACAGUUGGCCACUCGCAUGAGACGCUGCUGUAGGGAUCCUGUUUUCCGCAGCCGAUCCUCGAAGGAGAAGAAAGGACAAUUGGCCAGAUUGGCCAGCGGCAUGGUCGGCAAUCGGUCCACCCUGGAGCGAUUGGAUGUGCACAAGCUUAUCGAUGUCUGUGCCAUCCUGAAGGUGGAGAUCCUGAUGCUGGGGUAUUUACUCGAAAGGGUCCUUAUAGCCAGGGAUAGAUUGCAACGACAUCAGGAGGUCCUUUGCGAGUUCGUCACCGCAGUGCUUGUCGUUGAGAGCGACGAUGCACAGCCUAAAAUGCGUUUUAGCCUCUCACCACCGCCACAGAAAGCCAUUAGCAGUGCCCGCCUAACCUCGCCCACCACCACCACCACCAGCACCACCAGCAACAGCCGCAGCACCACCACCACCGCCCUCGGCACCACCAGCUGCACCACCCCCAGCGGCAACAAUAGAAGCCCCGGCAGCACCAACAACACCAUGCUGGCCCGCAACGGCGGAGGUCACGGUACCAGCCCCACCGCCUCCGGAUCCGGCCACGCCCCCUCCGCCCCCGCUGCCGCAGAUGAUGAGGCCACCUCGGAUUACAACCAGUGGCUGCAUGCGAUGAAGCUGGUGGCCCGCCUGCCUGGAGGCACUCCACCCGAGUUCCGACGCAAGUUGUGGCUCUCGCUGGCGGACAAGUACCUCAAGUCGAAGAAUGUGGACUGGGCGCAGCAGCGGGAGAAGUGCUUCUGCGAGGAGUGGCGCGAGGACGACGAGGAGCUGGGCAUCCAAAUCGUCAAGGAUCUGCAUCGCACUGGCUCGAAUCUGUGCACCGGCCCCGCGGGCUCCAUUAACCAGGCCAAGCUCAAGCGCAUCCUGCUCGGCUAUGCGCGCUACAACCCCGAGGUGGGCUAUUGCCAGGGCUUCAACAUGCUGGGCGCCCUCAUACUGCAGGUGAUGGACAAGGAGGAGGAGGAGUCCAUGAAGGUCAUGAUCUACCUGGUGGAGGGCGUCCUGCCCACCGGCUAUUUCUGCGGAUCGAUGGGCGGCCUGCAGGCAGACAUGGGCGUCUUCCGGGAGUUGAUGCAGACGCGACUGCCACGCCUCGCGAAGCAUCUGCAGCGACUGCAGGGACCCGUGGAGAACGCCUUCGAGCCGCCGCUGACCAACGUCUUCACCAUGCAGUGGUUCCUCACCAUGUUCUGCACCUGCCUGCCCAUGUCCUGUGUCCUGCGCGUCUGGGACCUGGUCCUCAUCGAGGGCAGCGACGUCCUCCUGCGCACCGCCCUCGUCCUCUGGAGUUUGCUCGAAGAGCGUGUACUCAGUGUCCGAUCUGCGGAUGAGUUCUAUGGCAAGAUGGGAUCCUACUCCAGUGAGCUUCUCAAUGGCCACCUGGUGGACUCCAAUGGACUCAUUGAGCGUGUUGUGAAGCUUGGACCCAUUGCGGAUUUGAGGCAGCUGAGGGAUAAGCACCUCUACAACAUAGCCCCUCUGCGUCACAAACAGGGAUUGCAGCUCUACUACGACGAGGAGGACACCCAUUCGGAUGAGGAGCGCAUAGCGGUGGCCACCGUUUUUGGCUUGAAUUGGGGCAGACGUGGAUCUGUGGGUCCGGCGGCGGCGACUGGCAAACAGCAAGUGGAGCAGAAGGACCGCCUGGCCUUGGAUAUAUCCCUGCUGAAGAAGCAGUACGAUCGGCUGAGGGAGCGCCAGAAGCAGGCUCAUGUCAUCCUAACCACAGCCUGCUCCACGGCAUCCCGUCAAGGAACUGGUCCGGCGAGCAACUGCCAGACGGCUGUGCAAGUGAAUCAAUUGCUUCUCGGUCGUCCGGCCAUUGUGACCAACAAGGGAAAACGGGUGGGAGCACCUUUGGGCGCCAUUCCACCCGCUCGCAAGCCAUCUCUUCCUGCAGUUCUUCACACUAAACCCGCCACAGAAAAGCAGUUGAGAAGGGGGGAGACUCUCCUGUGGAGAGAUACAGACCCCAGCCGAAGACGACGGGAUAGUCUGACUUGGAAGGAGAUCAAGGCGGAUCGGGCGGCCAUGGUGCGGGAGGGAAUCGAUGUGAGCUCCGUAAAGACCCAAAAGCUGCGCACUCGAUUCGGUAAAAGCGAUAGCUCCUCCUACAGCGAGGACAGCGAUGGAGAGCAGGAUCUUGGGGCAGCAGAAGGAUCCAGCACGGACACCAGCCUCUGCGACGAUGAUGACCCAAAGUCCAUUGAAAAGAGUCCCAAGCACAAGGCGAAACUGGCACGCAAACUCAAGGAGCAGAAGCAGUUGAGCGGAUCCAGGGAUGCGAGUUUGGAGCGACAGAGACCCAAGUCCUGGGCUCCUAGCAGCCAUGAGAUUCCCUUUAUGCUGAUGGGUACGGAUAGUGGCGAUGAGAAGGAGCCGGCUGUGAAGGAGGAGGCGGAUGCUGUAGAUCCAGCGGAGGAUAGUGCCACGGAAAGUGGCCGUUUUGGUUUUGACAAGGAAUUGGAUCUGGACAGCUACAAGCUGGAAACACUAAAAAUUCAAAGCGAAACGGAAAUCUUAUGCAUGACAUCUACUAGUCCCAUAGCCACACCUAAAAUGAAAAGUGAAGCCGACGAAGAUUUGCUGGUAGACCAAAAACGUUUCGAUGUGAACGACAAUGGGGUCACUAAUCAGUAUUUCGAGAGGGUUAACAGCGUGGAACGCCCCAAUCGCCUGGAGCUAUCCUACUCGCUCAAUGAAGAAGAGACGGACACUAGUGCAAUUUACCUGGAAGAAAGGGAGAAGGUUGAGGGACAUAGUGGGGAUAGGGAAUACCAGUCACUGCCUCCACUCUUCACAAAAGAGGAGGACGAUAGUAUGCAGAUGGAUGGUAAAGUGCCUCAGAUUCGGGACGACAACAUUCCAGGUGAGAACAAGGACGACUACAAAGAACUCCUGAGCAUGACGAUAGAGGAAAAUACCGGGUACAAGCCACCUCCUCCCACAGCUGGUCUAUUGAGUAAUGCCACCCGGAAAAGAAGAGAUCCGAGACGCAAAACACUGACCCGCUCAUCGACCAUUGAGAUCGAGGAACGAUAUCAGGCCCUAGAGCGAAGGAUCAGCCAGGAUCAGCCGAACGGAGACAGGCAAUCAAAGUACAUUCCCAGCACAGCUGCUCUGGAGGAGCGGUUCAACACCCUUGAAAAACAACUAAGUGCCGAGAAGCAGCGUAAAGAGCUCUCCGAAAUGGAGACUGACCUUCCGAAUAAGUCCGAGAGAAUUCCCUCCACCGCCGAUCUCGAAACACGUUUCAAUUCCUUAACAAAACAAUUGAGCUCCAGUGAAUCUAGUUCCAAGACACCCAUUGAUAUUAAGGAAGAGGAACCGCCAAGUGGCAGCAGUUCCAAGGAGCAGAAGGAUAGCGAGAAAACAAGCAAGCUGCACAAGUCCGAGGAGGUUCAAUCUGAUACAAAGGAAACUUCAGCGAAAACCGAAACCAGCAAUGCGAAAGAAAAAGAAAGCGCUGAAAAGGGAGCCGAUCAACCACGCCUUAAAAAACUUCCAUCAACUGCGGAACUGGAAGAUCGUUUCAAUGCCCUAGAACGCAAAAUGAGUGUACAAAAGAGCAGCCCAUCCAAAACUAAGAAGGAACCGCCUGAUGAAGAGUCAUCCAAUGUAAUAAAAGAGCCACAAGAGUCCGAAAAGAUAACGCAGAAGUCCGAGGACAUUCAGUCAACCACUGCUACAAAGGAUACCAAAGAUGGUGAUCAAAAAAGCCUGAAAACUAAGGAGAACCCUGUAUCACCAAAGGAAAUCCAAGCCCAGGAAAGUAAAUCUAGUAAAAUUGAGUCCCCAAAACCUGAAAAAGAACCUCUAACCCAGAGCUCCGAAUCGGCGAAGGAUUCACAAAAAUCAGUAACAUCACCCAACAGAAAUAAACAAUUAUCGAAAAAUAAUGAAACCAUUAAGAAAUCUGAUUCAGAAAAAUUUAACGAUUUAAAAGUAACAGAAGUUUCCAAGAAUCCCGACAAAAAUAAGGAAAGAGGUGAAGCCGCAAAAAAAAAUGAUUCUGAAAAAGUCGAAACCAAAACGGAUUCAAAAACGAUUGAACCCAAAAAGUCUGGUUCUGAAGUCAAAUCAACUAGCAAAGAACCGGAGACGGUUAAGACUCCUAGAAAAUCUCCGCCAUCCACAGAGGAACUAGAAAAAAGGUUCAAUGCCUUGGAAAAACAGAUGAGCACAACCAACAUGGAAAUAACCAAAGAGGCAGAGCAAACAAAGUCAGUACCAAAAAAUCAAACAUCAAAAGAAGAAGAAAAGGCACAAAAGUCCAUGAAAUCUUUUGAUGACAAGAUUAAAGAAGUUAAUACCACAUUAGCAAAAGAGCAGAAGAAAGUUGACGAGGAAGAACAGGCUGAGAAGAUCGUUAAAGAAGAUUGCAAAGCUAGUGACGAGAAGUUGGAGAUCCCCAAGAAGAAUGCUGAAGAAUCUGAGCUACCAGAGGAAGGUCAGCAAAAGGGCAAGAACCAGAGAAGAGCUUCAGAACCGCCAUCAACGGAGGAUCUGGAAAAGCGCUACGAAACCUUGAAGCGUCGCAUGAGUAGCAAAAAUCAUUUUGCCGCUCAAAGCGAAACUGUUGAUGAAGCUCUUGAGCGAAUCCAGCAGGAGGUGAUCUCAGAGUCAGUGGAGGAGAAGAAACCCCCGCCAUCGACGGAGGAUCUGGAAAGUCGUUUCGAGGCACUGCACGGGGGUGAGAAGAAAGAGUCGAAGAGCACACAACCAAAGCACGUGGAUGUGGCAAUCGAGGCACACAUACCAGACCCACCUCCACCGCCUCCACCACCGAAGGAGCGUCCCAUCCUAGCCGAACCCGUUCUCCACCAACAGCAGGCUCUGAUCGAGGAGCUGCAGAGCAAGAUGCGAGGCCAAUCACCCGGCGAGGAGAACCUCAAGCCCAGCGAGAUAAAUCCACAGAGGAGGCAGAGGAACCAUCUACUCCAACGACCCGCGCCCAUGGGCGAUGAGACCUCGGAAGCACCUGCAAACACGGCUUACUACAGAGCGGCAAACCAUGAUCCCUGGCAGCAGCGCAUGGUGCGUCGGUUCUCUGAUUUACCCUCCCGGGCCGAUCUGGAGAACCGAUUGCAGUUCCUGGAGAGGCAACUCUACAAGAAGUUCUACAAGCAGCGCUGUGCAAGUGAUUCCGAAGUUGCAUCGAAGGUCAAACUCCCGCCCGAUGACCAGCCCAGCACCUCCCAUCAAGCCAAGGCCCUGGAGGCGGAGGCACAGCUGGAGCAGCGUGUCCUGGCGCUGGAGAAGCAGCUGAGCGAGAACAGUCUCAAGCUGCUGGAGGCGAUGAGGGAGCGUCAGAGGUCAGCAGCUCCCCGGAGCGAUGACAGUGGCUCCCCUAGGCGUUUGAGCACGGAGACAAUCGACGCCACUGGCAAGGAGCUUGUCAGAUACACCCAGAACAUUGGUGAGCUGGAGGAAGUGGACGCCCACAAGCCCAUCAACAUUAGCAUCAACAUCAAAAUGCUCCUCAACAAGGAUAGUGAGCCAAAGCAGCCGAAAGGUGAGCCCAAGCCCACAACUGAAGAUCUCACACGUCGCCUGGAACAAUUGGAGCAGCAAUUGUUGGAGGAACGGGCCAAGAAUGGCACUAUGCCGACGGAAAAUGAAGUCCCUGAGGUGAAACCAGAAAAACUGGAGGAAGGUGACUCUUGCAAAAAGCAGGAGAAGAACUGCCACAACCUUCAUGUCAAAAGCGACGAAGCUGAAAAACUAGAAGAGCCUGUUGAACGUAAAAUUGAACCGGAGGCAGCAAAGGAAACCAAAACUUUGGAAAACGAGGAAAAAGCUCAGGCUCGUGCAAAAGAGGUAGUUACGGAAAAGUUGGUCAAAGAAGAGAAAGCAGCGGUUGAUGAAAAGCUAGUUAAGGAGACCGCGAUAGAAAAACCCAAAUCCCCUAUCAAAGAAAAACCAAAAGAUGAUACUAAAAAGAAAUCGGAAGCAACCAAAGCUGAAGUAGCCAAGGAAACAUCUUCGGAAGUGAAAUCAGAUUCGGAAAAGCCUUCAACAAACGAUUCCAAACCCAAAACAAACGAUUCCCAAGAAGUUCCCGCCAAUAAAAAGGACCAGCUCAAAACUGAGAAAUCGGAAUCCAAAGAAACACCUAAUACAAAUAAAAAUGAUGUUCCGAAAAAUGAUACAAUCAAACCAAAGGAAACAUCUUCAGCAGAGGUAACCAAUAGCAAAGAAUCAGACAAGCAACUGCCAGAAAAAAAGGAAACUAGCAAAGACUCUUCUGCAAAAGAACUGCCCGACAAAAUGGUGAUCAAUGCCACCGAUCUUGGACCAGUGGACCCAAAUAGUAAAACUGUAGUACUCCUCAUGGACAACGAGCCCAGAGCUUCAAAGGUUAGGAGAUUGACUAGAGCCAACACUGAGGAACUGGAAGAUCUUUUCCAGGCGCUGGAGAAACAACUCAACGAUCGUAAUCUCAUUAAAUCCGAAGAUGGUCGCCUGAUACGAGCAGAUAGCAAGCCAAGUGCCGAGCAAGUGGAGCAAGCUCAAGCUAUCUGUGAUCUCACCAAGGAAAUCGAGGAUUUCACCAGCGCCAAACCAGAGGAGAAAGAAAUCCCAAAAAAGGCGGCAAAAGAAGACAAACCAGAACCUGAACAAUCAGAGGACUACGAUUGGGGACCCAACACGGUGAAGCAUCACCUGAAGCGUAGAACAGUCCACCUGCCUUCCACCAAAGAGCUGGAAUCCCGCUUCCGCUCCUUGGAGCGUCAAAUCAAACUGCUUGAGGAUGUGGAGAAGAUUGAUGUCGAACAGCGAUUGAAUGAGAUCGAGCGGAAAAUCAAGCUGCAGUAUUCGCUUUCCCAUGAAACGGAUUUGAACAAGUACCUGGAACUUUGUGAGGGUAAGGGUCUGGAUGAUGAGGAGACAUUGCCUGUGGAAACACCUACAAAAACGGACGAAACUGCAACAGUCAGAGAUCGUUCCCGCAGUCCUGGACGCAAGGUGGCCAGUAAAUCUCCUUAUACUUCGCCUUCGCGGAAUGCUGCAUCUAAAUCUCCUUACACUUCUCCUUCACGAAAGGCUGCUACUAAAUCUCCUUACACCUCUCCAUCGCGAAAGGCAGCCAAGUCACCAUAUACUUCGCCUUCUAGACAUCGACAGAGAUCACCUUCUCCAACUCGCUCACCCGAAAGAAGGUCCAAGAAGAGUCCCUACUGCUCUCCACCUCGUCGCAAGCCGCAUCCCAACGAUCUUCCCAUUUCCGAUGACCUGGAGUACAAAUAUCGGGUACUUGAUUUAGUAAGAUCCAAGUCCAAGGAAAACUUGGCCAAGCGAAUGAACGAUCCCAACAGAAAGCCAGCCAUUCAUCCCCUUGAAAUGAUACUAAGCCCCAGUCCGGAUGACAGUGAGAUACCCACAACUGGAGAACUUGAGCACAGGAUUCGAGUCCUUGAUGGAAAGCUGAAAUCACCAGCCAAAACCCGACCAAAGUCUCGCUCCCGAUCGCCCACCAUCGAAGACAUUAAGCGACAGAAGAUGCGUGAUGAGCAAAAGCCCAGGACCCCAGUGCACAAUCUGGAAAGAAUAGUCAGUUCUCCCAGCAGACCUGAACCACCCACUGCCGAGCAGCUCGAGGAGCGUAUUCGCAUCCUGGAGCAGGAUCAUAAGUUUGACUUCAAAACCCAAAAGGACUACAAGGCAUUCAAUCAAAAGCUCAAGGACGUCAUCUCACCAUCGCUCUCCUUCGAGGAAUUCCGGGCUGCCAAGUCCCGGGAGCAAAGUCCCCGCCGCCAAGGCGCCACUACGCCCAAGUCUGCCCUACGUCGUGACGAUUGCGAUGAGGCGUACUCCGGCAGCACCACCCACUACCGCCCCACCAGCCCCAAGGUCAUACGGUUCCGGGACGAGGACGAAGAUGAGGACCAGUUUGAGGAGGCGCCCCGGUCGAAGUCACGCCACAACAGCGAUCGAAUGAAGACUCUUGCAGAUCAACCAUCGGCCACUCGCAGCUACGCCAGCAGCUCGGAGGGUCUGGAUGCCUUGGGUAGUCGCCUCAUGAGGGAGACCUCUCCGAUCACCCGAACUGGAACCCACACGGGCGUACCGCUGCGAACGGGGGAGAACAUCAACGACCGCCUGAGUUCGAUCAAAAACUCCAUCAAAUCGAUAGACACGCUGUGCGAGGAGAAGCCCUACCAGAAGGAAAAGUGCCAGCGGUACAUCGAUUCGCUCUUCUCGAACUCGCUGCACUUCGCCAGCAAGAAGAGUUCUCUGGAGGAUCUCAGCCUGAGCAGAAGUCUGAGUCGCAGCGAGAGCAGGGGAAGGAGCAUUCACCGAACCGGGGACUACGCCCCCUCCAUUAGGAUCACCUCCGAGCAUCGAUCCCUGGGCUCGGCGGAGUCGCGAAGAAGUCCGCUGGGCGGCCGGGAUACGAGUCCACUGCAUUACCGAUCGCACAGGGAGGUGAGCAGGGAGCUGUCGCCGCGACGAAGGCGAUUGGAGGAGGAGGAUGAGGAGCGUAAGGAUCGGGAGAGCAGUAGGGUAAGACGUGAUAACUUGUUGCCAAAUUAUUUUGCUGAUAAUCGUAGCGAACUAAGUAGCGGGAGUAGUUUAACCGGGUUUAACCACAAAGUAGAUAGACAACUAGAAGAGACCUGCGCCAAAUACGCGGACGAUGCCCGACGCUCGGCCUGUCGCACACCGUUGAGCCACCCGUACGAGUCCCGCACCACAGCCACACGCCUCCACACAGAUCCAGUCCAGAUCCACGCCACCACAACGGGAUCAGCCGGUGCAACCGAGUUUCCCCGGCCCGUGUCGCCCUAUCGUCAGACCUACGAUCCCCACCACCGAUCCCCCGGUGGUGCCGGCGGCACACCCCUCUAUCAGCCCGGCAAGCUGGAGAUCCGCCACACCACCGUGACCUCGACCUUCUACGAUCGGUUCUUGACCGAGAAACAGAUCGAGCGGCAGACCCACUCCCGUUCGCCCAGCCGCUCGCCAGUGGUUUCGCCCUCGGUGCCGGCCAAAGGUUACGGCGACUUGUGCAGCACCACUCCAGCCACAUCCAGCACCACCGCUUUGAGCACCUCCUCAUUCAUGUCCAGCAGCUAUGCGGGCCCCUCCUUUUCGCUGCCCUCGGGCAGCAACUACUCCUAUUCGGGUCCCUCCUCCAUUUCGCCCAGGGCCAGUUGCUCGGAUCUCCGCUCCACCACCACCGCCACAUCCCUUGACACCACCGCCACUACCACCACCACCAGUACUUCUUCUUAUGUUCCCUACAAUUUCAGCAGCUCCUUCACCUCUCGCUUCGGCGAACCCACUACCACUUGCUCGGCGAGCGGAGUGAGUACCAGUUCCCUCACCCAUUCCACCGGGGUCUACAAUCCCAUGAUGUCGUUCACUCUGAGGGAACCACUUACCAGCAGUUCCCUCGGUGGUUCAAGUGCCUCCCCAUUGCUUCCGUUUCAAUUUAACCGAACUUUCACCUCCAACUUUGACAAGGAGCAGAACAAACAAUAGACAAGUUGGGGGAGUCACAUCAAUCGUUAACCGAAGGUUGUCCAUACACAUUUAAAGUCCCCUUUUAAAAUACACUCGAAGAAAUCAAGCUCAAAAUCUAUUAUACUGAGAGAAAAAUCAGUCUAAAACCUAUUCUUAAAACCUAUGCUCUAAUCAGUAAUAAACAACUAAAGUGUAGAAGAAUUUUUAACUAAAACUAAUGUUAGUUCAUUGCAUUCUCUAAUCAACCCUUAAGUUUGGUAAUAAUUAAUUAUGCAACAAAUUUGGAAUUAUUCAGCUCUAAAUAAAAUAUAUCAAACCUACCUUACAAUUACAAAUAAAGUGUUAACUAUAAUUAACUUUAAUUUAAAAUAUUUUAUUGAUUUUGGAUUGAUUUUUAUCUCAGUAAACUUAACUUUCGCUAAGCAAUAUAAAUAUAGUAAAUAUAAUAAACAGUUUUAGGCAAAAAUAAACCCAACUACAUAUAUAUCUCUAUAAAUAUAUACAAACCUUGCAAAUCGGAUAUUUACUCUUCAAGCAACUCUUGCACCAAACCAUUUUGGCUUCUUGCAACGUACCUCAUCUACAUUGACAGCACCAGCAACUCAACUGAUCAUAACUUAGCAAAGAUUUUUAUACAAUAUAUAUAUAUCUACUUAUAUACAAAGAGUAUAGCUAUCGAAACUGUAACCAAAAUCUGAAGAGGGCAAAAUGUUAUUCCAUCUUUUUUCAGCGUUAACCAAAGUUUAGCUCUAAUUCCUUUAACCAGAACACUCAAUUAAACUUGAACUUUUCCUUAAUAUUAACUAAUCAAUUUACACGGCUUACACUAGCCAACAAAUAUCCAGAUAAAUACACACACUUCGUGGUGUUAAGGUGUUAAACUCUCAGUGCAUUUUUGGGCCGAGUUAGUCGAGGAUGCUAAAAAAUAAUGAUUAAUCAAAUUACGUUAACUGACUGACACGAGCCGUAAAAUUAGUUUACCAACAUUGUUAAAUAUACACGCAGCCAUAUAUGUACCUAUACCAAUUGAAUGAUAUAUAUUGUAUUUAAUUACAUACCAAUUGCAGUUGUUGAAUUUCGAUUAUGCAAAAGACACGAUAGCGAUUAUGAAUAAGCAAGUAAACCCGAAUGCAAAUGGCUAUAGAAACAAAUAUCAAUCGCGGCAGCGGAGCCGAAAGUUAAUCA